AUGAGCUCCUCCCCGUUUCCCGGCUCUACGAGUUCCCGGAUCGCCUUUACGUGGGCGGCUGACGGCUUGGGCCCAUCUUCGUCAAUGCAGUGCCCAAGAAUUUCGGCAGCUCGUACGCCAAACUGGCACUUUGAGAACUUCAACCGGGCGCCUGCGUCGAGUAGCCGCCGCAGGACGGAUUCCAGUGACGUUAGGUGGUCUUCCGCGGACUCAGUACCGAGACUUAUAUCGUCCAUAAAGGCCCAUACGUCUCUUCCCUUGCGGUCCCCGAGUAUGGAGAAGGACGCACCGACGCUACUGGACAAAGACUGA